AUGCGUGGCGUUUCAGAGAGCUCUUCGACUUGUGCAAUGGCGGAGGAUUUGGAUGUCGAGGCAAUGCUGGAAGCGCCGUACAAGAAGGGGGAGCAGGACUCUUCGUCCAAAGACAAGUCCUCCAAGGAGAAUGGGUCUAGCCGCAAAUCAUCAGGGAAAAGCAAGCAUCGCUCUCGUUCCCGUUCACGAUCGCGUGAUCGCCGAGACAAAGAUCGGCGGGAUCGCGAUAGAGACAGAGACAGGGACCGCGACAGAGACAGAGAUCGCGAUCGUGACCGUGAUCGUCGUCGUAGAUCGCGAUCGCGAGACAGGCGGGACCGAGACAGGGAUCGGGACAAUGAUCGAGACAGGGAUAGGCGAGACAGAGAUCGAGACAGGGAUAGAAGAAGGAAGAGAUCGCUCACACCGCUGACCCUUCCUAGAGCCCGACCACCGUUCGGUAAAGGUCACAGCCCGCUUGGAAUAAAUGAUGAGCUAACACCAGAAGAACGGGAUGCCCGCACCGUAUUUUGUAUGCAACUAAGUCAACGGAUCCGUGCACGCGAUUUGGAAGAAUUCUUCUCCAGCGUCGGCAAAGUGCAGGAUGUCAGACUUAUCACUUGUAAUAAGACACGGAGAUUUAAAGGAAUCGCUUACGUCGAGUUUAAGGAUCCGGAAAGUGUCACACUAGCACUUGGUUUAUCUGGUCAGAAGCUCCUUGGAGUUCCCAUCGUGGUACAACACACACAAGCCGAGAAAAAUCGCAUGGGUAACUCAAUGCCAAAUCUUAUGCCGAAAGGCCAAACUGGACCUAUGAGACUGUAUGUAGGGUCUCUACAUUUUAACAUCACGGAGGAUAUGCUACGUGGAAUUUUCGAGCCUUUCGGAAAAAUUGAUAACAUUCAGUUAAUCAUGGAUCCGGAAACUGGACGAAGCAAAGGCUACGGUUUUCUAACAUUCAGAAACGCAGACGACGCAAAGAAAGCUUUGGAACAAUUAAAUGGAUUCGAGCUUGCUGGUAGACCUAUGAAAGUUGGAAAUGUAACGGAACGUACUGAUUUGAUUCAAGGACCAUCUCUUCUUGAUACAGAUGAACUGGAUCGUAGUGGGAUCGAUCUCGGCGCAACCGGAAGAUUACAAUUGAUGUUCAAAUUGGCAGAAGGCACCGGUCUGGAAAUACCACCAGCAGCAGCAAAUGCUUUAAACAUGGCACCAGUUAUGACAGCACCGCAACCGCCACCUCAGGCUGCACCUCCCAUCGCAACGCAAUGCUUUAUGUUAUCCAAUAUGUUCGAUCCACAGAAUGAGACGAAUCCCAACUGGGCGAAAGAAAUCCGUGACGACGUGAUUGAAGAGUGCAACAAGCAUGGUGGCGUGUUGCAUGUAUACGUGGAUCAAGCGUCACCACAAGGCAACGUAUACGUGAAGUGUCCUUCGAUCGCAACAGCCGUAGCGGCAGUGAACUCGUUACACGGCCGGUGGUUCGCAGGUCGCGUAAUAACCGCUGCGUAUGUACCAGUAGUGAAUUAUCAUUCGCUAUUCCCGGAUGCGAUGACCGCGCUACAACUGCUGGUGCCAAGCGCGCCGCGAAGAGGCAUGUGAUGAUCCCAAGCGAAUGAGCAACAAUCUUAAUCUGCUAGCGUGUAAAUCCUUGCAUAGUAUUGAGUUUCUGUCUGAAUUUCACUGUUUUGUUAUUUUUGAGGGAUCUUUUUAUUUUAAAUUUGUUUAUAAGGCGGAGAGGAGAGUCUGAGCAACGGAUUUCGCACUUGAAGGUAGUUACUUGUGUUAUUUGUUGCAAUAAAUUCACAUAAGUGGAAUAUCAUAAAAGCAAUAUGUCCGAUCUCUCAGCAUUUCUCACAGCACAAUCACCAAACAUAAAAUAACAUUUGGUAUUCGAAAUUCGCUCGCGAUAAUCGAAGAUAUUCAGUUUUUUCAAAACUUUAUAUCUUAUUGCUCUAAUGCAUAAGUAUUCAUUAAAAAUCUUACGUCAUUUUGUGUAUUUAGAAAUUAUUUCAUGAUUUUUAUUUAAAUUUCUUCUGGCUACUUUUAACAAGUAUAUUAUUAUGUUGAAUUUUUUUUUGUUAGUGUAACAUUAUAUAUUUUUGUCAUAUGCAAUUAUAAAACCAUAAAAAUUGUGAAGAAAAUUCUAUGUCAAUGAAAUGUAUUUCUAAUGAUUUUUUUUUAUAUCAAAAAAUCUGCAAAACUACCUGAAAUGACAAAAAUUCUAUGAAGAUACGAACAUUAAAUUACAAAGUUUUCAUGUUAGGACAUGCUAAUUGAUAUUAUUGGUGAAUUCAAUUUUCAUUAUUAUAAUAAGAUACAUGUGUACGCGUUCUUUUGUUUCAACGUAAGAAUAAUAGAACAUUUUUUACUUAAUUAAAAAGAUAUUUAUUGGCGAUGCAACAUUUCGUCUCACAUAUGUCAACGUAUUGUAUUUUUGCGAUCGAAAUAGAAUAUGUCAUAAAUAGUAAAGUAUUCAGUCGAUCGUUUCUCACGGUAGUGAGAUAUACAUACAUAGAACGAAUGAUGAAACAAAGUGAAAGACCUUAAUCCUCUCACUCUUAAUUCAUACACUAAAUUAUUAAUUAAAACAUAUAUAAGAACAAAAUUAACAAUUUUAAUUGUUCAUGAAUUUAAUAAAAUAUUAAAUUAUUCAUGAACUUAAUAAUUACAAAUGAUAUUUUUGUAUAAUUUAUAGAUGUUAUAACUUAAUAAAAGCAAAUAAAUUUCAUAUUUAUAUAUGAAAUAUGUGUAUAAGGCAGAUUCAUAUGCUUUUAAUAUAUAGUAAUAAUAUGUAGUAAAAUGCGUUCUACUUAAGAUUGAGAACAAUUAGUGGUGAACAUUAGUGCAACAAAAACAUUAAAAAUUGAACGAUUAUAAUUUAAUCAAUUUGUUUGGAAGUUAUCAAUAAGUUAUCAUGUAUUUCAAUUGGGGAGGAAAGGAUUAAGGGUAUGGCUAUAAUAGGGCUAUAAUAGUGGCGAGAAUUACUUUAGAACACACAUUAGAUUGGUUACAUUUAUACGAAGAAGAAAGAAGGAACGUGUGAUAGAAAAGGAGGUCUGCAAGUAUUAAAAAAUCUCUUUCAAACAAUUGUUCUAUAGAUUCAUGAUACUUAUAUCGGGAUAAUUUAGAGCAAUGUCACAUUAGAAUAAGACAUGAUUACAAGUUAAACAAUGCUAUUGAUCAAAAUGUUUAAAAUAGAUCUUACUAUGAAAUCUUAAUCUUCAAUCGAUAAAAUUCCAUUUUAGCAUUUCUAGCAUCAAAAUGUUCACUGAUUAUCAUGUCGAAAAUAAUGGACCAAAUGAAUUAAUCCCAUUUUUGGAGCUGUAAGUGAAUUUCGUAUUGUUGAAAUGCUCCUAAAAGUUAAUCAAAUUAAUACAAACUAGAUUUAACUUAUUUGAAUGAUAAAAUAAUUGUGUAGGCGAUUUAUAUAAGAGAAUCUCCUUGUGUGCUUGCAUUCGUCAUUGAUAAUAUAUCGUAUUGACGAAUAGUCAUAUUAAAUUUUGAACUACAUAGAAAAAUCGAAACACGGAUUUUCUCUUGAAUUAAUAAUGCGAUUAUUCAUCUGAUACAUAUGACUAAACGACUUGAUUGAAUAGAUUUUUUAUGUCUUUGAAAAUUCGCUUUCAGAUAGCUAUGGAAAAUGCCCACUUUCUACACAUUCACUAUAGAACGUAAAAUUUAAGUAUACGAAAAUUCUGAUCUUUAGCUUAAAUAAACAAUAGCAUAGAAAGAUUUUAGCAAUGUAGAAAGUUCACGAUAAAAAAAAUUAGCGAUUUUUCGUGACUUGCAGACCUCUAUGACCUAGAAGGAGCAAAAGAAAGAGACAAUUAAUCUGUAUAUAAGUUUUUUGUAAAUUAACUUUUAACUAGCUGUAAACGUAACGUUACUUUGGUAGGUUUACUUCGCUGUAUCUUCGUAUUACCGAAAUAUGAAUGUAUACUUUGAUGAUUAUAAAUCAGAUUAAUGUAA